AUGAAGUGUUUAGCUCUGAAGUUAUUCCAAACCAAUGAGGUAAUGUACAAAUAUUAUUCGGUGAUCUUUAUAUUUUUGUUUGGAGCACUAUCUAGUAUAUUUCUUAAUAAAUACUGGAACUACACACCGUACGUUUACGACCAAACCAGACAUCUGAUUGUACGUCGCCCGUUUUCAAUUAUUGAUUACGAUGAUCAUGAAUAUGUUGAUUCCAAUCAAAAUGCUCAUGAACUAAUCAUCAGAGAAACAGAUGUGGAUGUUGUGUCUGAUCAAGAUAAUUUGGAAGCGUUGAUGUCACUGGUUGCUGCCAAUGAGAUGAAAUCGAUGGGUAAAGGUGAAAAAGCAUUGAAACUUAUAGAACAUGGUAUUGCACUUGCUCCAAAAAAUCCUGACUUAUUAAAUGGCUAUGGUGAACUUAUUGAAACGCUUCGAGACGACAUUUUAACAGCUGAUCGGAUGUAUUAUCAGGCACUUAUACAUAGUCCAAAACAUAAAGAGGCAUUGCUCAAUCGUAAGAGAACUCAAAUUAUUGUUGAUGAUUUAGAUUGGCAACAGCUCAAACGUAUUGAUGAAAAAAGAGAUAAAAUGGCUUUAAUAUCAGAUUCUAAUAUGGCUCUUAGAAGAGCAAAAAAAGAAGCGUAUUUUCAGCACAUUUACCAUACUGUUGGUAUUGAAGGAAAUAGAAUGUCUUUAUUGGAAACUAGAUCUAUUUUAGAAACUAGAAUGGCCAUUGGUGGUAGAAGUAUUGCCGAACACAAUGAGAUAAUAGGUUUAGAAGCAGCUCUUAAGUAUAUAAAUGCAACUUUAAUCCAUCGACUUGGUAGUAUAUCUGUUGAUGAUAUUUUGGAAAUUCAUAAACGAGUAAUGGGAUUUGUUGAUCCUUUAGAAAGUGGAGUUUUUCGUCAAACACAAGUAUUUGUUGGUGGUCAUGUUCCUCCAGGUCCAUCCCAUAUUGGAACAUUAAUGGAAAAUUUUUCUUUAUGGCUCAAUUCUGAAUCUACUCUCAGACUACAUCCUGUAAGAUUUGCAGCUCUAGCACAUUACAAAUUAGUACAUAUACAUCCAUUUACUGAUGGAAAUGGACGAACUUCGCGUCUGCUCAUGAAUAUGAUUUUAAUGCAAGCUGGCUAUCCUCCAGUUAUUAUACCAAAAGGAGAAAGACAUAAGUAUUAUAGAACUUUGGAAUUUGCGAAUAAAGGAGAUAUUAGACCAUUUUUGAGGUUCAUUGCUGAAUGUACUGAAAGAACAUUAAAUCAAUUUUUGUUGUCUACUACAACAGAAUUUUCAACUAACAUUCCAGAAUUAGACUAUGAUAAUAUUAUUAUAAAUGAAUCAUAA